GAGCUGCGGCCGGGAGCUGGAGGAGGAGGCGGCGGAGGAGGGCGGCGGAGGAGGGAGGGCGGAGGAGGGAGGGCGCUGCAGCCAAGGCCGCGCGGGCCGCGCGGUGAUCAUGACCCGCAGGGUCGCCGCCCAGAGCCGGGCCAUGCGGCCGCCGCCGCUGCUGCUGCUACUGCUCCUGGGCUGCGGGGCCGCGGCGCCCCCCACAGGCUGGCCUUCCCAGCUGCCUGCUCCGAAGAACGUCAAGCUGCACCUGUACAACACCCAGCAGGUGCUGAGCUGGGACCCGGUGACCCCGGGCGAGGACCCCAGGCCUCUUGUCUACCAGGUGCAGUACAGACUAGCCAGCAGCCACAAGACUUGGAGUGAUGUCAUACGUGACAACAUACCAUACGUGAACUGUUCCAAUAUCAUGGCUACCAAGUGUGACUUCACCCCAUUCGGCUUCCCGAUGCAUUUCACCGUCUCUCUGCAGGUCCGAGCUAAGCAGGGAGAACUCACUUCUGCCUGGACCAGGGUACCCCAGUUCAUGCCCUACCAGAACGCCACCAUUGGGCCCCCCCAAAACCUGAAGGUGAUGGCAGGGGAAGGCUCCCUGCUGCUCCAUCUCUCCCCUCCCUUUGACGUCCACAGAGCCCUCGUGAAACUGCAAUACCAAGUGCGCUACUGGGAGAAAGGGACAGACGACAUACAGACUAAAGGCCCUUUGGGCAACAGUUCUAUUAAUUUGGAAGAUCUAAAGCCCUUAAGGGUGUACUGUUUACAAGUCCGGGCGCAAAUUGAGAUACAUGGCAUCUUGAACUCGGGACUCUUCCAAAAUGCAUCCUGCUACGAGACAAAAGCAACUGCCACCAGCAGACUCCAGCAGACCAUCCUGAUUGUCGUGGGGACCUUCUCGUUGCUCUCCGUGUUGAUGGGGACCUUUCUUUUCCUGUUCCUGAGGUACAGAGGCCUGCUGAAGUACUGGUUCCACACCCCGCCAAGCAUCCCACUGCAGAUUGAAGAGUAUUUAAAGGAACCAAAUCAACCAAUACUGGAGGCCCUGGACAAUUCUCCAAAGGAUGAUGCCUGGGACUCAGUGUCCAUAAUCUCCUUCCCAGAGAAGGAGCAAAAAGAGGUUUUCCAAAGCACUUUGAACCAAAGCACCAAUGAGGCCCACCAGCCUGAGGAAAAAGGACUCUCCAGCCGGUGACACUGACUUCCGGUCAGGACUUUGCUCCGGGGUUUCGCCAUAUUUCUGCUUCCGGUCAGUCCAUUGUUCAUCCGGGACGUCAUAUUUCUGCUUCCAGUGAGGACUUUGUGCCACCCGACACUGUAUUCCUGCUUCCUAUGAGGACUUUUUUACUCGGCCUAACACCCUAUAUCUGCUUCUGGUCAUGAUUUUGCUCAGGUAGACACCAUGAUCCUAAUGCAGAGCUGCCCUUGGGGGGCCUUGAGGAGAGGAGGUGGUUCUUGUGGGGAAGGCAUGCUUAAUUUUUUUUUUUUCUCCUCUUCAAACUCGAGAGUUUUCUAAAUCAUACUCCUUCCUAGAAUAGUUCCACAAAAAUGUUCCAGAAACAGAAAAAAAAAAAAAAAAAAAGUUUUCUCUUAAACACUAAAAAGCCCUUGUCAAGAUGGCACUGCGUUCCUCUGGUGGGGCCCUGCAGUUGGGGUGCAGGGACCCCUCAAGCCUGUCCCUUACUGUCCCCCCCCACACUGAGCCACACUUCCUGCCCAGUCUCCUGGCUGCCCAUUGCAAUGAAUUGUAUAAAAUGGUUUUUUUCUAGCAAUUUAAGAUUUUCUAUCCAGGCUAAAAAUAAGAUUGUAUAGUGAACUUUUCAGGAAGUCUGCAUGAAAUGUCUUCUCUCUGC